ACGCAACGCAACGGCAGGCGACGUGAAUUUGAAUCGCGCGUGGCCGCGCACACAAUUCGCUUCCGACCAAUAAAACUUCCUCCAGGGGGGGUGGAGGGCUGGAGGGGGAGCGGCCCGCGUCCCUCUGGUCGAUACAAAGCGGGACGGGAAAGUGCCACGGGGGCCACUUGUGCAGUUGCGCGCCUCGCUCAAGUGCAGCUUUUUUUUUGGUUCAUCAUCCAGCCACCAACCCCUCCCCACCACCACCAACCCAGGCAGCAAUCCAUCCGCCGUGCAAUACACCAGCGUCUUGCGAGAGCUGUUGACACAUCAGUCACGGGACGCAUCAGCGGCAGCAGGAGCGCAGGCUACACACACACAGAGAGAGAGAGAAGGCUCGCGUCAUCAACACGCCAGUCUCAAUUCGUUUUCACCGGCCACAAUUAAAAAGACCUCCGUCGUCCGUAGUUCGGUUGCUGCUGCUGCUGUUGUAGUCGUAGUUUCGCUGCGAAGAGAUGGCAGCUGUUUACGGCACCAGCAUGCGCACCAAGUUGCCGCUCGUGGGGUUCAUCCUGCAAGUGUCGAUGAUCAUCCUGUACGGCGUGUUCGUGCGCUACGACAAGGAGAGCGACGCCAAGUACGAGACGAACACCACGGACCACGCGGAGAAUGAUUUUUACUUCCGAUACCCAAGCUUCCAGGACGUGCACGUGAUGGUCUUCGUCGGCUUCGGCUUCCUCAUGACGUUCCUGCAGCGCUACGGCUACAGCAGCGUGGGCUUCAACUUCAUGAUCGCCGGCUUCGGCAUCCAGUGGGCCAUCCUGGUGCAGGGCUGGGUGCAGCACUUUGACUCCGUCACCGGCACCAUCAAGGUCGGCCUGGAGAGCAUGAUCAACGCGGACUUCUGCAGCGCCGCCGUGCUCAUCUCCUUCGGCGCCGUGCUGGGCAAGACCAGCCCCGUGCAGCUGCUCAUCAUGACCGUGAUCGAGGAGCUCAUCUUCGCCGUCAACGAGUUCGUGGGCAUCUACAUCCUGCGGGUGAAAGACGCCGGCGGCUCGAUGAUAAUCCACAUCUUCGGCGCGUACUUCGGCCUCACGGUGACACGAAUGCUCUACAGGAAGGGCCUUGAGGAAGGCCACCCCAAGGAGGGUGCCGUGUACCACUCUGACCUCUUCGCCAUGAUCGGGACCCUCUUCCUGUGGAUGUUCUGGCCGAGCUUCAACUCGGCCAUCGCUCUGCACGGGGACGACCAGAUGAGGGCCGUCAUGCACACCUACUUCUCCCUGGCCUCGUGCGUGCUCACCACCAUCGUCAUCUCCAGCCUCCUGGACAACCACGGCAAGCUCGACAUGGUUCACAUCCAGAACGCGUCGCUGGCUGGCGGCGUGGCAGUGGGCACGUGCGGAGACAUGAUGCUCAGCCCGUACGGCGCCCUCAUCCUGGGAUUUAUCGCCGCCAUCAUCUCCACCUUUGGCUUCAAGUACCUGACGCCCGUCCUCGCCUCCAAGCUGAAAAUCCAGGACACCUGCGGCGUUCACAAUCUGCACGGCCUCCCGGGCAUCCUCGCGGGCAUCGCCGGUGCCGUGGUGGCUGCGUGCGCCUCCGAGGAGGUGUACGGAUUCAGCCUGUACCGGACCUUCCCCGACCUGGUGCCGAGCGACGUGAACAGCGUGGAGUUCAAGCGGAUCGCGCAGGUCUACAAAGACAUUGAACCCGGGCAGGGGCGCACGCCGCUGCUGCAGGGCGGCUUCCAGGCGCUGCAGAUCCUCGUCACGCUCGGCAUGGCCAUCGGAGGCGGCCUCAUCACCGGAUUCAUCCUCAAGCUGCCCUUCUGGGGGCAGCCCCCCGAUAAGAACUGCUAUGAGGACAACGUCUACUGGGAGGUCCCUGGGGAGGGGGAGGAGGAAGAGGAACUGGGUUCCGUUCACCAGAAGCUUGGCGGAGAUGGGGAGCAAGCAUAAGAUGAGCACAGCCACCACCACCGCCACCACCGCCACCACUACCGCCACUACCACCACCGCCGCCAGCACCGCCACCACCACCGUGGCCACCAUAUAUGCCAAGACUCUCACGCAACGCUCACCCACAGACCCUUGCCCAUGUGCCUUCCAGCAUCCCAAAACACUCCAACGUCAAACGAAUGUUCAUAGACUCACCAACGCUCGUAUUCGUCAAUUGGCGUCAACACGUCAUUGUGUAUUGCGCCAGCCGGGAUCAGAUUUUACAAUUUUGCAGCAUUAUCCAGUACCCUGCAGUGUUGAAAAGUUACACGAAUCGAGGCCGUUUUGCUUUCCAGCAAAAUGUUUUCAAAGAGGAGAUAGGUUUAGUGAAUUAAGAUUGUGUUUUUUUUGUUUUUUUCAUCAUCAUCAUCAUCAACAUCAUAAUCAAUUUCCUUCCCACUGACACAUGUGAACAUGUCUUGCAAUGUUUUCUGCUUGACAAGUAACAUUUGAAACUUUUUUAAUAACGGAUUUGGAAAAGAAGACAUAGUGCACAACAAAUAUAAGUUUGUAGUUUUGAGUGGCUGAUUAGAAUCUAUAAACCAGGGUGCCAUGAAUUGUUUAAUAAGCAUUUAUCCAUUGUUUUACGCUCUUCAACCUUGAGCUGAAGUUAAAUGAUGCAACGUUUAUGCAAUUAACAAUCGCGUCUCCAAAUAUCACGCAUCAGCCUAUUUUAACAAAUUUACACUUUUGUACUUCCAUUUUUCAUACUAUAUUUUACCUUAUUGACCUAUUCUAGCCAACACCACACACAUUUUUGACAAUAACACAGUUCAUGAGAGGCCAGUCCCACCCAGCCCUUCUUGCCUAGAAAACCCAGCCUAAAUAUCUAAUGCAAGGGAAAACAUUUUCUGAGAAGAAAAUAUUUUCUGAGAGGAAAAUGUUUCCUAAUUUUUGUCCUAAUGGGGAGAGAAUUCAAAUAUUACUUUACGCAAGCUUCAUGACACUAGUUUUGUAUUCAUAAACGUUUGUGUCGUUUGCCACCAAUUUUUGUACGCGCUGACAUGUUGCCCUUGACGACUCUAUCAAUGCCACGUGACUUCAUCCAGCCAAUAACAGCGAUGUUCGCCUGUGCAACAGUCAAACCGUUUUCGCCUUGGUGUUGAACAAGUUGCAUGUUCGCAGAGCCAAAUUCACCUUUAAUGAGGCACUCAUUGCAGCCCCUGUAAUACCGAACGACGAAACAAUGAUCACGUGCAGCAUUUUUGCUGAAUAGUUGCAACGUUAAACGUCAGUUUUUAGGCACGUGUUCUUGGGUCUUUCGGUAAAGUCACGUAGAUGGAUAAUCUUGGGUCUUCACCGAAAGACUCAAGAAUAUGAAUUCCUGCAGUCACGAAAGCUUUAAGUCAAGGUUUUAGGCACAUGCUGCAAUCAACCUGUCCCAACAAUUAGCAUAGUGUCUUUCUGUCCAAAACUAUCAUUCGGUGACCAACUCAACAAAAGUCGUUUUGAAAAAAAUGCUAAGUAACUUUAACAUGACAGGAAAAUAUUUUUGGGUUUUAUUUUAAUGCUGUGAUGAAACAAUUUACAGGGUGCAUUGCAGAUUUAGUUUUCUGGUCUAAUUUUUUUGUUUUCUCUUCCCGAAUACGGCAUUUGCACUGCCCACAUUCAUGCACAAGCCAUUCCGUACUCGGGGCAAGCCUUAAACAAGGCGGACAACACCUCUGAAUGAAUAUAUUUUCAAAGAAGCGCGUUCCCAUGAAACGAAUCCGCUGCAGGUAUUUUUUAACAGGGAUUUCAUAUUUUAAACGUUGCCAUUCUGAAAUAAUGCAUUUUAAAAGCGUGAACGCAAUUUUUACUUAGUGCUUUUGUUCUCUUAUUACUCAGCCUUUUGUUUUAAAAAAGCAUCAGCUCUUAAACUACGAUAUAUUAAUAAUGAUAAUUGCGUAAAAUCCAUCGCAGCUGUCUUGAGUUUAAGUUAACAUCACUUUCCGCACAAACAGCUUUCACUUGUUGACGCUACCCAACAGGUUUUUUUUUUACCACCCUCCUGAAAUAAAGAUGAAGCAGCAAUUAACGGAUUAUCUUUUAAACCUUUUGUGUAAUCUACGUUUAGUUCAUUAUACACGCGCUGAUGCUGCAUUCCAGUGGCGGUUUGUGAUUCCAGGUUAAAGAGAUGGCAAACAAGAAGGCAAUGAAGUGCCCACUUCGGGAGUUUCCAGUCUCAGGUGAUGAUGAACUCACGUGGUAUGAUAAUUGGAACACGGUUGCAAUGUGUCGUGGUGGUGAUGCUGCACCAUUGUUUGGGCACCCACACCUCACCAGUUUUCCUGCAAAGCUUCGCGGUGGAUACAGCGCCGAUGAUGGAGCCACCGCCUUGUGUGUACCUCUCUUGUCAGUGGGUCCACCUGUGCUGACGAUGAAGCCACUGCGAGCGGGGUUUUUAUUUUUUGUUUCUCGUUUCCCCACUGAAUCCACGUGCACGCGCGUCAUCAACCUGAUACAGGAAGAAAAAAACAAACCUGAGAUGGACUUUGUCUCCGUGUAUCCGGAGCCGGUAAUUGUCACGACUGCAUUUUACUUUUUAUUACAAAAAGGGGCCCCACACGGUUUCACAACGCCUCUGAGCAGCAGCGGUUGAAGAUGUGCUCUUUGGGCAAUUGUGCCAAGAACAGUGGAAUGCGGCAACAGUCGGUCGUCCCAACGUUUAUUGAGUUCAACAAAUGUGAAGGUAAAUUAGCGCAUUUAAAAGGCCAGUAACUGAAUCAACAGAUUAUUUUAUUUUAUUUCAGAAAAAGUUCAAACAUGUUUUGCUUAUUUGUGCUUCUGUUUUCACACAGGCCAGUGUAAAUUAAAUGUGUGCCUGGCCCUAAAGAUGUAUUUUGGUAACCGCAUUAUUGUCAAUGGUGUAGAAACACUGGGUAAAAGACUUUCGGCACCAUCUUACGAUUUCACGAACGCUGCAUUAUAUGCAGGGUGUCCAAAAAUGGGUCAUCCGUGAAAUUUUUAUAAUUAUAAUUAGACGGCAGCUUAGGCUGGCUCCAUACAACUGCAGACACAUUGUCGCGUGGUGAUUUUAUCGUGGUUGCCCGCGCGUCUCGCCUGUAUACGCCCGCAUGUGUUUGCCAACAUCUCCAGCUGUGCCACUUUAUCGCUGAAGCUUUGCAGUAAGAAAACUCUACCCUUUUGUAAUCGUGAACGUGUUGUAGUUCAUGCUGCUGCUGCUGUUGUCUACAUAAUAAUUAUGUUAACAAUGGGCCGUACCUUUUUCGGGACAGCCUUUUUAAGUGAAAUGAAAUCUGCACCGAGUUAACGUUGGUGACGGGGACCCGCUUUCUAUGCCUCCUCUGAAAAGGGGCCGUUUGCCUGUGGUACAGAGUGACCUAUUUGUGUAUGACCACAACAACCAGGUUUUGAUACACUUUUUAAUUGUUGCAUUGAAGUUGCCUUUCUGACAUUGCUUAAUAGAUUUUGGAUUUUUUUUUUACAGUAGGGUAAUAGUAUUUUUCAAGUGCCUUUUUUAUCGUGAUGAAAACUCAGGAAAUGUUGGUAUCAAGACUCCAUAAAAAUGAGUUAUUGAGGGCUGAUUCACAAACCUUUUUUGGUGAAACCCGGCGAACUGUUGAAUCUAAUCGCACGCAUCCAUCUGCCACGCGAGCUUUCACUCCGCCCACAGAUCUUGUAUUGCAGCACACCGCGUUCGAUUGGUUUAGAUAAUCUAUAACCUUCAAAAUAUAGCAUUUUAAUUGCCAGUUCGGAAUCUCUUGAUUCCUGUGUUUUUUUUGUUCAAUGACCAAUUCUCCAACUCGCCUGCUGCAAAUGUUUUUUGAGGUGUUUUAUUGCGUGCCAACGACGCGUGUUCAUUGGGGGUGAAGGCUUCAUAACGUUCGUCAUUUGAUUCCAUUUCACGUCGAAUGCAUUGUUACAAUAUCGUAACUCUGUUAGGGGCUCCUCCGUGUAUAUCUUGUCAGGCUUGGCACGCAGUUUAUUAGCAGAGAGCAUUCGGUGUGUGUUUAUCCGUCGGUACAAACAGUAAAGAUGGGUGCUUAAUUUCAGCCAGGAAUUCUCUUCAAGGGAUUUAUUUGGGCAUGCCUAAUACAUCUCGUCGUACCUGUGAUAUCGUAGGAUCUCAGACGUAUGGUACAAUGGGAAUAAAAAUACGUAUUGCGUUAUCAGGGAUAGGGUGUCCCUUGUACACCCCCCAGUGUGCCGAGCAGUGUUCUGGCAAAUUUCGAGAGAAAUUAUGUCGUGGGUAAGAGAUCAUGCUGAGGUGCAAGCGGGAAGGGCUUGACACAGACUUGGGAGACGAUUAUAUGUUGCAUUGAAUCUGAAAAUUCCAGCCGAAUUGUGACUUGUUUGUACUUGGUGAAACGGAUGCGUGUCACCAGCCAAGAGCCGUGCAUUGGGUGUAUGGUUCGGAGGGACGAGCAGCCAGUCGUAUGAACACGUGCAUGGCCACGUGCUUUCUCGACAAAUCGGAUGGUCUGUGGCAGAGAGAUAAUAUCUGACCGUGAUACGUCUGCUUCACGUUAUUUUUUAAGCAUGACCCUUGUUCAGAAAUAUCACCCUAAAUUUUUUUUGUCAAAUCCAUUUAUUUUCCAUGUUUGUGAAUGCUCCAUGAUGGUCAUAGUUAAUAUUACUUUUUUUGCCAAUAACUUCACGUCGAAGUUGUUUCUGUGUUUUUUUCCCAUUUUGUUGGACAAUGUUACAUAAAGCCCCAUGGGCAUCCCAAAGGCUUACCCAUUCCAUCGGACAGUCGCCAAGUU